AUGCGGGAGGGCGCUGCCCAGAGGCGCCAGAGGCAGUGGCGGCCAAUACUCCUUCCCUUCCUGCUCCCUUUGUUCAGCCCCGCGCUCUCUGAGCAGAUCCGCUACAAGAUCCCCGAGGAGAUGCCCACCGGCUCGGUAGUGGGGGACCUCGCCAAGGACCUGGGCUUCAGUGUCCAGGAGUUACCCAUGCGAAAACUACGCAUCAGUUCCAAGAAGCCUUACUUCAGUGUGAGCACAGAAAGCGGCGAGUUGCUAGUGAGCAGCAGGCUGGACAGGGAGCAGAUAUGCGGGAAGAAGUCGGUAUGUGUUCUGGAAUUUGAGGCUGUUGCUGAAAACCCAUUGAAUUUUUAUCACGUGAGCGUGGAGCUGGAGGACAUUAAUGACCACAUGCCAAAAUUCAUGCACACUUCCUCGGAACUGCAAAUAAGUGAGUCUGCACAACCGGGCACUCGAUUUAUUUUAGAGGUAGCAGAAGAUGCAGAUAUUGCCUUAAAUUCUCUACAGAAUUAUAAACUCUCUCUUAGCCCUAGUUUCUCGCUGGUAAAUAAAGAAAAACAAGAUGGUAGUAAAUACCCGGAAUUGGUAUUGGAGAAAACUUUAGACCGCGAGCAACAGAAUUACUACCGAUUAGUCUUGACAGCCUUAGACGGUGGGAAUCCUCCCCUAAGUGGCACCACUGAGCUUCGGAUCCAAGUGACUGAUGCUAACGAUAAUCCCCCUGAGUUCAACCAGGAAGUGUACAGAGUCCGCCUUCCCGAGAACGUGCCCCUAGGCACAACUGUGCUACAGGUGACAGCUACCGACAAAGAUGAGGGUGUGAAUUCGGAGAUUACUUAUUCCUUCUACAGAGCUGGGCAAGUGUUUGGUCUAAAUUCAAAGAGUGGAGAAAUUACAACACAAAGGACACUGGAUUUCGAAGAAAUGAAAGAAUAUUCUAUAGUGGUGGAAGCACGGGACGGUGGGGGCCUGGUUGCACAAUGUACGGUUGAAAUUAACAUUCAAGAUGAAAAUGACAACAAACCAGAAGUUACAGUUGAUUCCCUACUAGAAACGAUUCUAGAAAACGCGGCGCCAGGAACACUGGUUGCUUUGAUCAAAAUACACGACGGAGAUUCUGGGGAGAACGGAGAGGUUCAUUGUCGACUGGACGGUGAAGUGCCCUUUAAAAUUAUCUCUUCUUCCAAAAAUUCUUAUAAAUUGGUAACAGAUAGAGCCUUAGACCGAGAGAUGACCCCGGAAUACAAUGUUACCAUCACAGCCACUGACAGGGGCAAACCACCCCUCUCUUCCAGCACGAGUGUCACCCUACACAUUGGUGACGUCAAUGACAACACUCCACUUUUCCACCAGGCCUCCUACUUGGUGUACAUAGCCGAGAACAACCCACCUGGAUCCUCCAUCGCUCAAGUCAGCGCCUCUGACCCGGAUUUGGGAUCCAAUGGUCAAGUCUCCUACUCCAUCAUAGCCAGCGACCUGGAGCCUAAAUCGCUGUGGUCCUACGUGACCGUGAAUGCGCAGAGCGGGGUGGUGUUCGCCCAGCGCGCCUUCGACCACGAACAGCUGCGCUCCUUCCAGUUGACAUUGCAGGCGCGCGACCAGGGCUCUCCCGCUCUCAGCUCCAACGUGAGCAUGCGCGUGCUGGUGGGCGACCGCAACGACAACGCGCCACGCGUGCUCUACCCCGCGCUUGAGCCCGAUGGCUCCGCGCUCUUCGACAUGGUGCCUCGCGCUGCCGAACCCGGAUACCUGGUCACCAAGGUGGUGGCAGUGGACGCUGACUCCGGACACAAUGCCUGGCUGUCAUACCACGUGCUGCAGGCCAGCGAUCCUGGGCUCUUCAGCCUGGGGCUGCGCACAGGCGAGGUGCGCACAGCGCGUGCCUUGGGCGACAAGGACGCCGCCAGGCAGCGCCUGUUGGUUGGUGUUCGCGAUGGUGGACAGCCUCCUCUCUCUGCCACUGCCACGCUGCUCUUGGUAUUCGCUGACAGUCUGCAGGAGGUCCUGCCAGACCUCAGUGACCGCCCGCUGCCCCCUGACCCUCAAGCUGAGCUGCAGUUCUACUUGGUUGUGGCCCUGGCCUUGGUUUCUGUGCUUUUCCUCCUGGCUGUGAUUCUAGCCAUUGCACUUCGACUGCGACACCCCUCCAGCCCCUCUGUCUGGGGUUGCUUUCAGCCUGGAUUUUGUUCUGAGUCUAGACCUGUGGUUCCCCCCAACUACAGCGAAGGUACUUUGCCGUAUUCCUAUAAUCUGUAUGGUGUACAUGCCGGAAAGACAGAGUGUAAUUUCCUAAAAUGUAGUGAGCAAUUGAGUUCAGGACAGGGCCUUCUUUGCCCUGAGUCAACCGGGGCCCUGUUUCCACUUUGUGAUUCCAAUGAGCCGACGUCCCACCCGGAACCUCUAACACCGCAACUACAUAAAGCUCUGCGCAUCCAACAAAGUGGCUCCCGGACUAUAGCAAAACUCAGCCUUUUAGCGUGGAAUGCUCUGGCUUUUUUCCUGAAGAAGAAGAAGAAGUAUCAUCGGGGCCCUUAUAGGAAGAAAAGAAGAGCCUAA